AUGUGCCCGCACAAAUCCUGUCGCAACUUUUCGGCUGGCAGCACACUUGAAGGCGGCAAGGGCCUCAGGGAAGGCGCGCCGCCCUGCCACUGCGGCAAUGAAGUGCAGAUGGCCGUUGCUGGCGGCAAUUCAGCUGCAAUCUUGCUUCUGGAGGCGCUCGCCGCCUCGGCCAUUGCCAUCACCACCAGAUCGGAGAGCAGCAGCGGUGGAAACCCGAUCCGAAAGGUGGUGAGGAUGAUGCAGAAGAUGGGAGAAAAGAUCGACAAGGAGGCAAAAACUGAGGCAGACCUCUAUGAGAAGUUCGAGUGCUACUGCAAGGGGACGAUAGCGGAGCUUCAACAGAGCAUUCAGCAGGCAGAGGGCAACCCGCUCUCCCAAGCUGACGUCGAUGGAAAGGUUGCAGAAAUCGACUCGCUCCAGCAGGAGGUUACCAAGCUGAAAGAGGACCGCUUGGCUGAAGAGGAGAGCCUGAAGGCUGCAAAGGCCCAGCGCACCAAGGAGCACGGCAACUUCGUGAACGAGGUCACUGAGGAGAAGCAGGUGGUCGCGACCAUCGACAAGGCUGCUGAAGCCAUUGCAGGCACAACGGAGACAGCGGCCUCCUUCUUGCAGAUCGGCAACUCCGAUGGACAGGUCCCCCGGCUUCUUCGCUUGCUGGACAGCGACCUUCGCCUGGAUAGCGCAGACAAGCGCCGAGCAGCUGCCUUCCUCCAAGGCGACCGCAGCGCCGCCGAUCCUGGCAUGGUGGUUGGCAUGCUCUCGGGCAUCAAGGAUGAGACCAAGGAGGAGAUCGCGACUGAGACAAAAACCGAGGAGGAUGCCGAGGAGACCUUUACCGGUGUGAAAACGUCCAAGAAGGUUGAAAUCUCAACCCUGCUCAACCAAUUCGAGCGCAAGAUGAAGAGAAUUGGAGAGCUAAAGGUUGAGGUGGUCAACCUCGAAAGACAGCUGGCAGAGCAGGGAAACAGUCUUGAGGAUGAUAAGAAGAUGCUUGCUGAAGUGCAGAAGAGCUGCGCCAAGAAAGCGGAGGACUGGGAGAAGCGCACCGCUGCCCGGAAGGAGGAGCAGCUCGCCCUGCAGGAGACCAUCAAAAUCCUGGACUCAGACGAAUCUCUGGACCUCUUCCGCAAGCGCAGCCCUUCGCUACUUCAGCUUUCAAGCAGCCGGGAGAAGGUGCGCCGCGAGGCCCUGGGCCUUAUCCGCCGUGCCCGCCGCGCGACAUCCGUGGCGAGAUCCACGAAAUCCGAGCGGCCAGAGCUCAAUUUCCUGGCCCUCGCCCUCUCUGGGCGCAAGGUCGACUUCACCAAGAUUUUAACGAAGAUCGAUGGCAUGGUGGCCUUGCUGGAGAAAGAGCAGGAAGACGACAAGACGAAGCAGAGCUACUGCGGUAAGGAGUUUCGCAGCACAGAGGAGAAGUCCAAGACUCUGGAUUCCAAGAUCAAGUCGCUGAAGGCCAGCUUGGUGGAGAAGAAGGAAGCGAUUGCAAAGCUGAGUGAGGACAUCGAGGGCCUGCAAAAGGGCGUCACCGCCUUGGAUGAGUCUGUCGCAAAAGCCAGCGAAAACCGCAAAGCCGAGCACGCAGAGUUCCAGGAGAGCAUGUCCUCGAAUUCUGCGUCCGUCGAUCUGCUGAGCCUGGCACGAGAUCGUCUCAACAAGCUCUACAAUCCGACCAUGGUGGCAGAAACCACCACGAAGAGUCCCUAUGACCUUUCAUUCCUUCAGAUGUCCAAAAUCGCUCAGCCCCCUCCUACCUUCGAGGGCGGCUACCAGAAGAACUCUGAGGGAAGCAACGGAGUUCUGAAGAUGAUUGAUACCUUGGCAUCCGACAUCGAGAAGGAAAUGGCAGUGGCCAAGACGGAGGAGGCAGAUGCCCAGGAAGAGUACGAAACGACCGUGCAGGAUGCAGCAAAGAAACGAGCGGCCGAUCUGGAGCUUGCCACACAGAAGGCCGCAGAGAAGUCGGACAUUGAGGGCGACAUCAGUGACGACAAGAAAGAUGUUGAUGUCAAAAAGAAGCAGCUUGGAGCCACAGAGAAGUACACCGCGGAUUUGCACGAGGACUGCGACUGGCUCUUGAAGAACUUCGACUUGCGUGCUCAGGCGCGUACUGAAGAGAAGGAGAGCUUGAUUCGUGCGAAGACUGUACUAGCGGGCAUGUGA